GAUGUGGUAAAGGGUGAGAGUAUUACUGAGCUCCAGGGUCAUUCUGACACAGUUAUAACAGUAGUGUUCUCACCUGAUGGCACACUAGUAGUAUCU